GUGCUGGCAUUAUAGGUAUGAGCCAUGGUGCCUGUACCUGUUCUUAAUUGCACAUUUUCAGAAGCAGUGCCAACAGGGAAUAAUUAAUAAUAAAGUUAAGUUGGUAGGAUUUAUUGCACGAACAUUGUCCUCCUGGGCUCUGGUUUGAGUAGAGGACCUUUUUGUUUGGAGACCAGAUAUGUAAGUAUUAACUCAAGAUGGCUGCUAGUAGGGCAUAAAAUUGGAAGUGGAGGAGGCAAGAUUGCUACCUGGUGCUAGAAAGACUGAGGUGCAUAUAAAUACAGCCGUUAGACAGUCUGUUCUCUUCUUCCCCUCCCCCUCAAAUACUAUUUUGCAACGCAAAUUAAAAGCUUUAUAAUGAACUUACCUGAUUUACAGAUAAAGAUAUCAAAACUCCGACAAGGAGACAUGAGUUUCAUAACUGUUAAUACCUGACAUCUGGGAUUCAAACCCAUGGUUUCCUGACUCUAAAGGUUUUAUCACUAUACCAAUGCUGGUGAUUGGGAAAUGCCAGGAGUUACUUUCCUCAAUGAAGAACGUUCCCUGCAAAUACAUCUUCAUUGAACACAAAAAGUAAUGUUUAGGAUAAUUGUUCACUGGUUGUUAGGCUAUUUCCUUUGUUAUUUUGAUCACAAAAUCAUAUAAUGCUAGUACUAUAGAGGAUCCUAAUAUUCCUACUGCCUUAUUUCUGGAUGAAGAAACAGAGGUCCAGAGAAGACCAAGGGUUUGUCUGGUGUUUCCUAGCUGGCUAGUGGCAGUGGUAAGGCUAGGAAGAACCUCAUUCUAUGUCACCUCUCCAGUGUUCAAUCUUUGCUCUAGGUUCUGAUGUUACCAUUUUUAGGAUUACAGGCCAUUGAUUUGCUUUGUAGUCUUAAUAAGGUUUAUAUUAUUGCUUUUAGGACUAUUUUACAUUUAUAUACAAAAUCAUUUUAUAUUUUAAAACAUACAUCUAUAUUCACUCAUGUGUUGGUGAAUUUGGAGGAAUAAUGGAAGAGUUUAAAGUUGCUGUUUAUAAGUCACUAAGCUGUGAAGAAACAACUGGUUAUAAAAGUGGAAUUUUACUUAAAACUGUAAUGUUCAUUGUAUGAUAGAAUGGAGUGUCCUCUUUAAAUCAAGGUAAAAUAAGCAUAUUUACAUUUUAAAUAGUCUGAAAAAGCGAAAGCAAUUUAAAGGCGUAAAUCUCUGAACGUUAAUUUUAAUUAUGUGGGUAGACCUGCCAGUUUAAUUUAAUCAGUCAGAUCUUUGCUUUUUAUUCCAUAGAUCUUCACAGUAUUUCUAAUUUGGAAGUCAAAGUGCAUAUUAAUGUACCUGUGACAUAUAGAAACAACUGUGUUCCUUGAUGACACUCUCAAAUACUCUUUGAUAUUUGCAUCAAAAUUAUCAAAAUUCUAUCUUUCAGAAAAAAAAGCAUUGAAAACAGAUACUAGUGUUUGUCGACAUCUUCACUGUUUUUUUUCUAAAAUGUAACAAAUAUAAUUUGUAAAAGUGACAAUUUUCAUUUUUCCACGCUGCAGGCUCUUUUUGUUUGGAUGAGUAUGAAAGUAGGUGGACUAUGUUCAGAACCACUUGAGGUGUUUAGCAUCAUCAUGUUCCCUCUCCUUCUAAUCCAUGGGAAAUAGGUGUGCCUAGCUAGUAAAUAGAGGAGCAAGAAAGAAUUGGGGUGGAAUUUCUGGCACUAUGGGCAAUUUUUCUUUCCUAGAGUGUCAUAAACUAAGGCUAUUAUCUCUAUAAGAUAACAGAUUUUGAACAAUUAUAUGAAAUCUGUUAUUUCAUGGAAUAAAGUUCAAAAUCUAGCCUGUUUUAAAAUUAGUUGUUUUCCUGCCCCUGAAUUUGCUCAAUCACCUUGUGGCUUCAUUCAGAAAGAUGCCCUAGUCUUUUAUGUUUUUGUCAGUGAUGCAUCUAUAUUUGAGUAAUUUUGUAGGCUGUUGACAUAUUUGAUGGUAUAAUUUCAAAAUUCAAAGUAUUGAUUACUGCUUUAGUAGGGGAAUAAGGCAGUAUCUCAGAAAGCAGGAAUUUAAAAGAUAUGCCGUACCGUACAGAUAACAGUCGAUCGCCUCUUUCCCCACACUUAGCCUAUCAUUUCUAUUGUUCAUGCAGUUUGCUAGGUAGUUAAUGGUACUUCAUACAAGUUGUGGUUCCAGUGUUCUGCUCUGUUGGGUUUUCUGUUCAUAAACAACAGUCUCUUGUGGAUAAAAGAAAGCUCUUCCUCUUUAAGUAGCAGACAGAAAAUAUGUUUUUUUUUUUCGGGUUUGAAUUUUCAUGUGUAAUUACUGCAGUUGUCUGUAGGAGAAAGGACUCAUUGUGGUUUUUCUCGGCUAUCAUUCUUAAAGACGUGCAGAUAGCCAGACAGCACACAUGGCACUGACCUACGGCCGGGGACUCACAGUUUUGAGAGAAUUAGGGAGUGUAUAGCCACUUCCCUCUCUGAAUGCCAGUCCCAGAGCAGUUGCAUUAGGCUGGAGGACUGGAGGUGGAGCCUUUUUUGCUCACGGCAGCAAGUUCCCUUCUCCUUUCUCUCCCCCUGCGGCGUGUGCGUUGGCUUUUCAAGCUGCCUGUGCUGCUCUGUGGAGUGAAAAAGGCAGGGUGUGCUCGCAGACUGUGCUAUAAACUGCAGUUUCUAUUUGGGGUCCUCACGGAGAAGAACACCAGGAAAGACAGACAGGACCAGUGCCAUGGGCCAGCUUUGCUGCUUUCCUUUCUCAAGAGAUGAAGGAAAAAUCAGUGAGUUGCAAAGCUCGUCCUCUGCAGUCCUACAGAGAUACAGCAAGGACAUACCCAGUUGGUCAAGUGGUGAAAAGAACGGAGGGGAGCCCGAUGACGCUGAACUAGUAAGGCUCAGUAAAAGGCUGGUGGAGAACGCGGUGCUCAAGGCUGUCCAGCAGUAUCUGGAGGAAACACAGAAUAAAAACAAGCCAGGGGAGGGGAGCUCUGUGAAAACUGAAGCAGCUGAUCGGAAUGGCAAUGACAAUGAGAACAACAGGAAAUGAGGCCAGAACGCAGGCCCCCAUGUCUCUGUGCAAAGCCUCCCUCCUCCCCUCUGCUGAGUCUAGGGACUGACUUGCAGCGUGCUGUUUAAGUUUCUCUGGUCCAAUCUGUGGAGAUUGCCUAAUACUUUCAUGAUCGAUGUGUUUGCAUUUCUGAAACACAACAGAAGAAAAACGGAGUGCUGGGACUGGCAGAGGAAACUAAUUGAUGAAAGAAGAAUGGCCCAAGUUUUGCUCGCCCUCAGCCAUGCAUAAGGGAGAGGGAACUUUUGGUUAUGCCUCCUGGACACAAAUUAAAGGCCGUGAAAGAGGCCUUGCCAUCAAUGGAAUACUGCCAUUUAUAUUGCUUAGCAGGGCAUUUGACUACUUUAUCUGAGGCCAGAACUCUCACACACAGCUAUCAAGUGCUAAGUUUAAAAUAAUCACUGUUGAAAUUGUCAUUUGUACAAUUAGUCCAUAAUGUUUCAUUUUUGUCCUAAGUGUGCUGUUGCUAUGCAGUGAUCUUUAUUUAUAGUAAAUUAUGUUUCAUGUAAAUGAUAUAUUUUUGGUGAAAUGCAACCUUUUCUAUAAAAUGUGGGCAACAUUUUAAAGUUUUUUUAAAUCCUAUUUUGAUAAGUCAGUAUGCCAUAUUUAAUGAAAUGUAUUAUAUAAUUUUUUUUUUCUUAGGCAAGAAACCUAUUGGAAUCCGAGACUUAAUUAAUGAAGCUUUGCAUCGAGAAACGAUGGGUCUGAAGUCCAAAGUGAAACAGAUAAAGGAAUUUUUAUUAAAGCCUGAGACUCAGGCCAAAAUUAGGAGGGAACUUUUUGAAGAAAGACUUAUUAACAACAGUAAUCCAGCAAAUGACGUUGAUUUCAGCACAACUUUGACAUAAGCUCUACAUUGUGAUUGUGACAACAUAGCUUAUGAAAUCUUUCCAGCUUAUUAAGUAGCUCUUUGGUAAACACCAAAGAAGUUUCUGAUAGUGUCUGCACAACAGCAAACCAACAUUUGGUGAGGAAUUAGCAAUUUCUUGCCAAAGAAAACUGAUUCUGCCCUAUUAUUUUUUGAGCUACACUUGUGUUUUAGAAUGUCUGUUUCUGUAAUAUUGAGAGUCAUUUUAUAGAAAUGAUUUCUUAAUUAUAGCUAUUGUGAGAUAUUCCUCGGGUCCUUGCAGAAAAAGAAAAUACAGACUGUGAACAAAUCAUUCACAGACAAAUAGAAUAAAACAGAGCCAACAACAGUAUUUUAAGGGUCACUUGCCUCCUGUUGACAUGAUUGUUGCUACAUCAAAAGAAGCAUUGUCCAGGUGUGUCUACAUCUAGUGUUACUUUUAAUGAGAAUUUGAAUGUUUAUUGAACAAUAGUACUUGAAUGAACAUUUAUAAAUGUAAUUAUUGCAAUCACUGGUUAAGAAUGUUUUAUAUAACCUUAUAAUAUUUUUCACUGAUCAAAAUGUAGUUUUGCUUUUUCGUUUCUUAAGGAAUACAUGUGUGGGAUUUUUAUUUUUUACAUUUCUGAAGAUAAGCUCCAGGUCUUACCGUAUCCCUUGUCAUCUGAAUUUGUUUGCGCUGCUUCUGUUUUGAAGAGCAUUCUUGAAAACUUCCCCUGGUGUGAUGACUGUUGAUAACAGCUUUUUCUAUAGUCAUUGCAAAACUGCUGCUACCAAUAGAUCAUGAUGGAGGGGGAAAUCACUGGAGAUCAAAUAUGUGAAAUCACUUCAAAUAUAAAAUCCAGUUUACUCAUGGAUUUUAGCUAUUUUUUCACUGGGUAAAUUAUACUACAUUUAUUUACAAAUGAGUUUAUGCAUUUUCAUGGCUCUUAAUAAACAUAUUGUUUUCCCUUGUU